UAUGAAUUGUAUGGAAAUUGAGAGAAAUCAGCACAUCCACACACACACACACAUACACACUUGUGUAUACAAAGAUGAUUUUCAUUGUGUACAUUUAUAUAUUCAUGUAUAUUUAAUAUUGACAACAUCUAUUUACAUAUAUACUAAUGGUAUUCUACAUGGUGUAAUAAAGAAAGGUACUAUCAUUAAUUAUCCAGAUAUGCCUAUAAACGAAUGACUAUAAAUAUAGAUGUACAUCUAAUGUUCUUCUUAUUUUUCAACUAUUUCAUAUAUACAGAAUAAACAAACUAACAAUGUAAUUCACGUGUUUUCAUGAUAAUCUAUUGAACUUACUAAUUAGAUUGUCAUGUUACUUCAUAAUUGAAACACAAGACUAUUGUCAUCAUCAUCAUCAUCGUCAUCAUCACUAUGAUCGUCAUCAUGAUGAUGAUCAUCAUCAUUGGAAAUCAUUUGUUUCACAUAUAUUUUUCAUCUAGUAUUGACUGGAUACUUCACUUUCAACCACACAUACACACACAGAGAGAGAGAGAGAGUCGCACACACAUACACACAGAUACAGAUUGGCGCACAUGUACACAUAAUAGAUCAUUUAAAGAAGCUUUCUAUAUAUCAUUCAUUCAUUCAACCAUUUAUCCAUUGAUUCACUUCAUUCACUUUAUUUCCAUCAGAAUGAAAUGGAAUCUUUUUCAUAAGAAAUAUUAUACUACUGAUAAACUGAAUUCAUCCACUACACGUACAAUCUAUGCUCAUCAUUAUAAGAAUUUAAAUGGUGAAUUAUAUCAUCAUAAUUAUUGUAAUAAUCAUAUACAUUCAACACAUUAUAAAUGGUAUAAUUUUUUUUAUAAAAAUUUUUAUGAACAAUUUCAUAAUAUAGCAAAUAUUUAUUUUUUAUUGAUUAUUAUUACUUAUUUUUUUGUGGAUGAUGGUGGGAAUGCCUCAGUAACUAUUAUCCCAUUAAUUGUUAUCAUAUUGAUUACAAUGAUUAAAGAUGGUUUAGAUGAUUUAUUACGUUAUCAUUUUGAUCAACAAUUAAAUUCUAUUGAAUAUCAUGUAUUAACAAUUGAUUUUCAUCGAAAAUCAAUAAAUUGGAUUUUGAAAAAAUCCUCCUUAUUAUUAGUUGGUGAUGUAAUUUAUUGUCAAAAUAAUCAAUCAUUUCCAUGUGAUUUAUUAUUAUUAUAUUCAUCUAAUAAUAAUGGACAAGUUAAUAUUACUACAAUGAAUUUAGAUGGUGAAACAACAAUUAAACAAUAUUAUUCAUUAAUUGAAUAUCAAUCAAUUUAUUCACAAUAUUCAAAUAAUCAUUUAAUUCAAACAAAUUUGAAACAAUUCAAUUUUCAAUUUAUCAUUGAACAAUUAUAUUUACAUGUAAUAUGUCAACAACCCAAUGAGAAUUUAAUGACCUUUCAAGGUCAUUAUGAAACUGCUCAACAUUUAAAUCAUCAUCAUCAUGAUGGGGAUGAAGGUGAUAAUGGAACAUAUUUACCAUUAAAUAGAAAAAAUUUAGUAUUACGUGGAUCUAAAUUAAUAUCUACAGAUUAUAUAAUUGGUUUAGUUAUUUAUACUGGUAAAGAUACAAAAUUAUCAUUAAAUAGUAAAAAUUCACAAAGAAAAUAUAGUACACGUGAAAGAUUAUCUAAUAUAAUUUUAUUAAUGUUUAUGGUUGCCAUGGUAACUAUCACAUUCAUUGUUACUAUCAUAUCAACUUUAUGGAUAAAACAAAAUAUUAAUAAAAUAUGGUAUAUUACAUUUGAAUUAUUAACAAUAUGGCAAUUUAUUCGUAGUAUAUUUCGUUAUUUAUUUAUUAUUAAUUAUUUAAUACCAAUAUCUAUUAUAGUUACUAUAGAAUUUCAACAAUUACUAUUUGCUUAUUUUAUAUCGAAUGAUAUUACUAUGUAUAAUUCAAUAGAGAAUAUUAAAAGUUAUGCAAAUACAUCACAAUUAUCCGAUGAAUUAGGUCAAAUUGAAUUUUUAUUUUGUGAUAAAACUGGAACAUUAACACAAAAUUUAAUGAGAUUAAAAUCAUUUUGUUUAUUAUCUAAUGAACAAUUAUAUCAAUUUUAUAAUGAUCAGGAUCAGGAUCGAGAUCAGGAUCAGGAUGAUGAUCAUGAUAAUACUACUGAAUUAACUACUUAUAAUGUAUUGAAUUCAUCUUUGAAAUUAUCAGAUAGAAAUGAACAUUUUCGUGAAUUUUUAACUAUCAUAUCAUUAUGUCAUACUGUUGAAUUAAAAAAUCAUACUCAAAUGAUUAGUAAUAAUAAUAAUGAUAAUAAUAAUGUACAAGAAUCAUCAAUGAAUACUGAUGAACCAUCUAGAUUUUAUGAAUAUGAAGCAACAUCACCUGAUGAGAAAGCAUUAGUUGAAGGUGCUUCAAAACUUGGUGUUGUAUUUUCAGGCAAAGAACCUGAUUUCAAUGAGACUGGUUCAUAUAAAUUAUAUAUUGAUUAUUGGUCAUAUUCAUCAACAACAAUAAAAGAGUCAAAUAAUGAAAAGUUUAUUGAUCGUCAAUGUUAUAUUGUUGAUGCUGUAUUGGAAUUUGAUCCAACACGUAAACGUAUGAGUGUCAUGGUACGUUAUCCUGAUGGAACAUAUUAUGUAUUGAGUAAAGGAGCAGAAACUGCAAUUUUAGACCCUGAGAGAUGCAGUACUACAUCUGGUUAUCUACGUUCACGUGCUAUUCAUUAUGUUAAUGAAUAUGCAAUUCAUGGUUUACGUACACUUGUAUUUGCUAAACGUAUAUUACAUAAAUCUAUUUAUAUGAAAUUAUUAGAACAGUUCAAAUAUGCCUCUAGUCUAUGCGAUAAUGAACGUAUUCAUGCAUUAAAACAAUGUUAUAAUGAAAUUGAAUAUGAUAUGAUACCAAUAUGUGUUACUGAAGCUGGAAUACAAAUAUGGAUAUUAACUGGUGAUAAAGCUGAAACAGCAAUUACAGUAAGUCAAUCUAUUGGACAUUUUACAUCGAAUAUGUCAUUAAUAAGAAUAAUGAAUUGUCAAACAUUACAAUCAACAGCAUAUAAAAUUUAUGAACAAUUAGAUGCAUUAUAUUCCUAUCAUAAUUAUCAUAAACAAAAACCUAAUCAUCAUUCUGUAUUAACAAUGUCAAGAAUUAAAAGAAUAAAUUAUAAUAGAAAUUCAUUCCAUACAUCAUCAUCAUCAUCAUCAUCCAUUCCAAGACCAUCUUCAUGUAUGGAUGGACCAUACAAUAAUAAUAACGAUGUUUAUUAUUAUGAUUCAAAUGAAGUCAUCUUCAAUAAGAAAGGUUGUAUAAUUAGUCAAUAUAUAAGACGAAAGCAUAAAAAGCAUCCUGGUAUGGCAAAUGAAUCAAUUGGUCUUGUUAUUGAUGGUAAAAGUUUACAAUAUGCAUUACAUACCUCAGUACGUGAUGCAUUUCUAGAAUUAUGCAUGAAUGUUACAACAGUGUUAUGUUGUCGUAUGACACCACUACAAAAAGCAUCUAUUGUUAAAUUAGUUCAAAUUGGUUUGGCGAAACAUACACGUUAUGGUAUGAAACCAGUUAUAGCUGCAGUUGGUGAUGGUGGUAAUGAUGUAGCUAUGAUUUUACAAGCUAAUAUUGGUGUUGGAGUCUAUGGAAAAGAAGGUCGUGAAGCAGUUAGAGCCGCGGAUUAUUCAGUGACACAGUUCAGGUUGUUGUCAAUGGUAUCCGGUCAACAGACAUUGUGCAUCUUGCAUAGACAAUUGUUUAUAAGUACAAGUACAUUUUGAUGAUGGUUAUGGUAGUAUGUUUCCAAGUUUCAGCUCUGAACAUUGUAUCGACAUAAGUUACAAACUAUAGAUGAAGAUUUUUACAUGAAUCAAAUUGUUUAUUUUUGUACAAUUGUGGUGUGCUACUGAUGUUGAUAGAUAUAAGUAGUAUGUAUCAUCAGUCGAAAGUGAAAUAUCUGGAGGCAGAAGGUUAAUAAGAUUGGAGAAAAGAGAAUGAUUGGUUUGGAAACGAAAGAACAAUAAAGUCUGAGACGAUUGACUAACGUUAUUCAAAUGAAGUAUUUACUGUAUGGUUCUCAGAUUUUACUAAGAGACUACAUUCUGUGAGAUAAUUUGGAGAUAUCUUUGAAAAGUGUCGGAGGUAUAAUUAACUUAAGUUGAUUUAAGGAAAUAUGGCACUUGAUAUUGAACACUAGAAAAUUCAAUUUGAUCCACGAUAUUGUGCGACCAUCUACCAUUGUCUUCAAUGAAUAAUUGCCUCACAACAGACAUGGUUGAACUCUACUGGAUCGAUUGAAAUUAGACAUUAACACUUUUAGAUACCGGUUCAGCGGUCUAGAGGUUAAGCGUUCGCGCCCGAGAUCGAAGGUCCUGGGCUCGAGUACCGUGUGCAAGAUCGUGGAAGCACACUACUGAGUCCCAUGCUAGAAUAAACGUCCGUCUAGUGCUUUCAGGUCUUCAAUGGUGGUCUAAUUUUGAUUGGUUUAUAAUGUCAACGAAAUUCAACAGUCUCUACAACCUCAAACUGAAAAUGCAUUAUCAUUUUUACGAGAAUUUUCAAGCUGCUAUGCACUCGGAAUAUGAAAUCACACUCUGCACAAGUGAGAGAGCAAACUAAAUAAUGCAAAAUUAACUAACAAUAAUUUAAGUGAUAAAUCUUUCAACUGAACGCUUAAGUCGUUUCCUUAAUCUCUUCUAAUAACCCCAGACUGAAUCUACAUGACAACUUGAACGCGAAGGAGAAAACGCAAAAUGUGAAAGGAACACUUUACUCUAGCGUUAGUUUGUUUAUAGAAAAUCGAGAGUAUUUAUAGCAUUUAAGAUGGUCUCGAAAUUCUGGAAGAUUCUGAAACCCUACUGAACAUAAUAGUAGGAUAUGUAGUCAUCCAGUCGAAAAUGUGGCACAUGAUCUCACUUCCUAGAUGUUUCUGAGAAACGUCUAUUCAAUACCGAUCAGAUAUAGGACCCCUCUGUGCUUUUUUUUCGAGGAAUAAUUCGGAUCUUCCGAACAUGAGGAAUACGAGAUCGUAUUACAAUAGUUUAUAGAUCCAUUGAAAGCUUACAAUAUGAAGAAUCUGGCAGUAAAAUUAUCUCAUUGUUAUACAAUAAAAGUAUAAAUAAUAACAAAACACUUUAAAUUAGUAUCAAGAGUUAAACUUUAUUCGAUAGUUCCCCCUCCCAACAAAAACGAUCUCGAUCUUCAGAAUAAAUUAUUGCAACUGGAACUUGACUGGAACACUGAAAAAGCUUGUAUAUUAUUUAUAAGAUUAUUGAGACCAUUUAGAAUAGGCGUAGAGCAUUAAUCAAAUAAAAUCACUUCUGUAAAUCUUAUGUAAAACUCCAUCUGGAGCCUUUCUACGGUUAUUGUAAGUCUCAUGCCACAGGAAGUGACCUUGCUAAAAAGAUGCUAAGAUGAAAAAAUAUUUAUUUUCACUUUUUAAAUUCUGCUCUGCGAUUUCAAGGAUCAUUAUCUAGAAGAAUAAUGAUGCUUUGUGGUGAAAGCUCAGAUUCGUUCUAUUUAAGACUCGUCAGCUGAAUGUAUCUGUAUCUCAGAAUUGUUGAUGUUCAAUCUAGGACUCGAACGCAAUACCUUUCGCUUCAACUGCCAUAGCAUUAUCUACUUAGCUACUGAGUUUUAAUAGCCACUUGCUUGUACAAUGGGAUGAAGUUUAAAAUCAUUUAGUAUUGUUUACUUGAACCUUCCCAUUGGUGUUUAACACUGUAAUUAAUUAGUCUCUUAUCGGUAUAUGUGUAUAUUGUGUGUAUUGCCUCAAUAGUGCUUUAAUUCACAAGCAUUAUAAUCAAAGGUGGAUAGUGGUUAACGGUGGAAUCCAGUUUGACGCGGGUUUCGUCCUAUUUAAGACUCGUCACGUAAAUGUACCUGUCAUAUAUCAGAGUUGAUGUUCACUCUGGGACUCGAACUGAGUAUCGUUCACUUCAAACAUCAUUGCAUUAUCCAUCUAUAGCUACUACUUCCUUAUAGUCACCUGCUUGUACAAUGAGAUGAAGUUUAACUUAUAUCUUCUUCUUAUUGUUUA